GCCUCCCCGUGAUGGCCGAGAGACGCUCGACACCUGCGCUGGUGUGACGCGGCUGGAUUCCUCACAAGACUGAGGGAUUGCCAUGCAGUUCCGGGUGAAGUGGGUCCCUGUUAUGGGCUCGGCGGCGCUGCCUGCGGCUAUUGUUCUUUUGCUUUACAUCUACUGGCCUGCGUCUGAUUUUGCUCAUGAAAAGGAAGUGCAGCAGGGCCUUCACACAAGUCAACAUCUAAAUGUUAGUGACUUGAACUUCCCUGAUCCUAAGCUGACUUUCUUCUAUGGGCCACACUUCCACUUCAUCGAGAAGGACAGGGCGUUCCCUCUGUCGGAGCAGUCUCCGGGACGGGAGUUCUCUCCUGCCGAGGCGUCCUGGUUCCUCAGGAUACAAGACAAGGCGGCCGAACACCUCUCGGGAUCCCUAGGACAGACCAUCAGGCAAGAAGACUUCCUAAACGGCAGGUACCGGUUCCUCCCAUCGGGCCUCGAAUUCGACCUGUACUUCCGCUCUCCCGAGCGAGAAUCGGACCUUCGCGUGACCCUGUUCCAACCUGUGGGUCUCCUGCACGUCGUCCGUUUGGCUAGUAUUGACCCAAAACAGGUGGUCAACGUGGUGGUGCCUGUGCGCAGUGCCUCGGCCCGGAUGAGAGACUUCCUAGACCAUCUGGCGGAAGGCGUCCUGCCCUUCGACGCUGCGCUCUCCCUCACGCUCGUCGCCAGGGACAUACGGACUGCAGGCGAGGUUACCGCGAUGGCGCAGGAAGCGUUCAAGGCCCUGACCGGCUUUAAGUGGAGGGUGGACGUGAGGGACGCCCUGAAGACAAGCGGCCCCCCGAUGAAUGACGCUUUGGCCGAGGAAUUCGGGGACACCGUUUUCGUGGCGGAAGAGGAGCCUUUCCUGCACCCAGACUUUCUUGUGAGAUGCCGCGGAAACGUCGCACGGGGUAGACAGGUGUACUUCCCGGUCCCCUUCGCGCUGUUCAACCCCAGCGUGACGUACCCUCUGUUUGACCAGGAGGUCCCGCACCUGAUGGACCAGCUCGUAGUGAAGGAGCACUUCGGGUAUUGGAAGCACUCGAGGGCGGUCGCGGCCUGCGUCUCGAGGGCGGAUCUGGCCUCGCUGCUGAAGGAGACCCGCCGGGGAAUGGUGGCCGCCAUGUUCAAGGAGGCUGUCAUGUCCAAGACAAUCAAGAUAAUAAGAGCACCGGACCCGAGCUUGUUCCUCGUGUACCAGGAUACAAAUUGUACCUCAAAGGAAAGAGAAUCCUACUUUGACUGCGUGAAGGAGAAGGCCUUGAACCUGGGAUCCCAGCUCACUCUUGGGAUGUCUCUCCUUAAGGUCAAGGAAGGAACAGACUUCGAAGGCAUACUUUCUAAAAGGUUCAAGUACUUCUCCCUGAUUCCCUUCCUGGCGUUCGCUGUAGUGCUCCUCCUGAGCUGCAACUGCGUGCAGAAUUCACUCAUCUACAGACAAGCCAAGGCGCUGAGGAAGUUGAAGCUCGAAGCGUCGAGGAGGACGGCAGCAGACUCAUAACAGAAGUGAGGAGAAAAUGCAAAUGUGAGAAGGAGGUGCAAGAAGAAGAGAGGAAGGAGGAAAACGGGUUCAAGUCACUUAUGUGGGGAGACAUGAAAACAAGGGAAGGGAAAACGCCAUGCAAUACAAAAAUUUACACAUAUACAUAUAUUAUUUGUUUGCAUAUAUGUAUGUAUU